UUAGUGGGGCAUUGACGAACAAAUACGGAAGAAAUGAGUGAAUUCUGGACGGCUGGAGUGCGUGCAAAUUCAAAUCUGUGAGCGCGUCGAGACGGCUUUCAUGUGCGUUGCGCACUCUGUUAAUUGACCUACAUUGGAGACACUCAAUUAUAAAUUACACGAUCAAAAAGGAGAGUUAGUCGAGUACCUCGCGAGAUAAUAGUACUGAUUACCGGUGAUCAUGGAGACGAGUGCGGCUGAGUCGAGCCGAGUCAAUGCACCAGUGCAAGCGCUUUUGCCGAGUAAUUCGCGUUCAGGUUUGAUGAAGACGAAAAAUGUGCGGAAAAUGAGUACGAUGACGGAGGAGGGCUCUGAGGACGUGGAGAUGGAGGAUCGCAUGAGUGAUUCGACAAUGUCAGAUUCGGAUGACAGCCACAGCGAGGGGGGGUACGAGGGGGCCAGGGAGAGGGGGAGAUUAUUGAGUUCCGGAAGUCGGAAAAUUGUAACAGCAUCGGGAAGCAACGGCGGGCUGAAGAGAUCCAGUUGCAGUAGCGAGAGCGUUCGGGACAAGUCCGGCAAGCCGGGGUCGGCGAACGCUUCUGGGGCACAGGCCGCCGAUGGCAUCGACGCAACCGCCAAAUUGUAUCGGGAUAAUUCGGCGCACGGGGGGAGACUCGGCCGCGGAAUGGAACUGUGCGGGGGCCGGUACAAGUACUCGAGCAUGCGGUCUUUGAAGUCGAAUGUCGGUGAGGAGGGCCAUCAUCUGCAUCUGCAGAGCGCUUAUCAUCCACCCGCGGGGGGGUGGGCGUCCAUUGUUUUUCCGGAUGCGCCGGGACAGUCCGCUCGUCCUGCCGCCGGAUUUCCGGACUCGGUGUCCAUUCGAUCGCUGGCGUCCAUCGGCAUGGGCUCCUCCGACGGUCGGAAACUUACCAUUCGCAGGGUGCCGACUUCUCCGUCGGAGUUACUCAAUAUGGUCCAUCCACCGACGCCAGUCGACGACAUGUCCACCUGCGACAGUUACGACGACGGAGUCGAGGAGGACUCGCGAGAUUAUCGACAGCCAAAGAGGCCGCACUGGGCCAACAAAGUGCAAUUUGUACUGGCCUGCAUCGGCUACUCCGUGGGCCUCGGCAAUGUCUGGCGAUUUCCGUAUCUGUGUUACAAGAGCGGCGGAGGGGUAUUUUUGGUUCCAUAUUUCUUGAUCCUAAUAGUCUGCGGUGUGCCAUUGCUGUACAUGGAGCUGGCCAUCGGACAAUUCACGCGACGCGGUCCAAUCGGUGCUCUCGGGCAGAUAUGUCCGCUAUUUAAAGGUGCCGGUCUGUCUUCAGUGGUGAUAUCAUUCCUGAUGUCAACAUACCACAAUGUGAUAAUAGCCUAUGCGAUAUAUUACUUUUUCACGGCGUUCAAGGCCGACCCGCCAUGGUCGGGAUGCAAUAACUCCUGGAACACACCCGCCUGCUGGACCCUAGACUCAACUCACAAUCGCACACGAUUGAACACAUCGAGAACACCCUCCGAGGAAUUUUUCGACAACAAGGUCCUGCAAGUAAGUUCAGGGAUAGAGGAGCCAGGGAUAUUGAGAUGGGAAAUAGUGGCUUGCUUGGUGGCGGCGUGGGUGUUGGUCUACUUUUCCAUCUGGAAAUCGAUAAAAUCAUCAGCCCAAGUCAGAUAUUUGACAGCGACCCUGCCGUUCCUCCUCAUCUUCGUCUUCCUGACGCGCUCCCUGACACUCGAGGGCGCCGAGAAGGGCUUGCAAUUCUUCUUUCGCCCCAGGUGGCACUUGCUGGCUGACGCCAAGGUUUGGGUCAACGCAGCUGCGCAAAUAUUUAACUCAGUGGGAAUAGCAUUCGGAUCGAUGAUAUGUUUCGCUAGUUACAACAAAUUUCACAAUAAUAUUCUCGUUGAUACGGUGGCUGUGUCCCUCAUCAACGCGUUCACUAGUCUUUUAGUCGGGAUAUUUGCGUUCGCUACCAUCGGAAAUAUCGCCCAGGAACAGAACAUGUCGGUGGAGGCUGUCUUGACCGAUGGUCCCGGUCUCGUAUUCGUCGUGUAUCCUCAGGCAAUGGCGAAAAUGCCAGCCUCACAGUUGUGGGCUGUGUUAUUUUUCUUCAUGCUCGUUUGUCUCUCGUUGAACAGCCAAUUUGCAAUUGUCGAGGUUGUGGUGACGUCCAUUCAGGAUGGCUUUCCAAACUGGGUGAAGAGUAAUCUUCUCUGUCACGAAAUGCUCGUUCUUAUUAUCUGUACAGUGUCGUUUUUGUUUGGUCUUCCAAAUGUAUCGCAGGGUGGAAUAUUUUUCUUUCAACUGAUAGAUCACUACGCCGCAUCAAUAUCGAUAAUGUUCCUAGCAUUUUUCGAAGUAAUAGCCAUAUCGUGGUUUUACGGAGUUCGGAGGCUCUCCAAUAACGUGAAAGAAAUGACGGGAAGGAUGCCGUCCCUGUAUUUUCGAUUCUGCUGGCUCAUCGCAGCUCCUCUCCUCAUAAUGGCAGUGUGGGUGUUUAGUCUGAUCGAUUACGAGCCACCUACAUACGGAAAUGGAGCGUAUAUGUAUCCCUUGUGGGCAGAGGCACUUGGUUGGGGUAUAGCAUCGCUAUCUCUAAUUUGCAUUCCGGCAUUCGCUGUCUACGUUCUCAUACGAUCGGAUGGAAUCAAUUUUACUGAGAAACUUCGAAAUGCAGUUAGGCCUCACUUCGAGGCCUGCAAACUCUGUGGCGAGGAAUACUGCACAGAUCCACUCCACAGUAUGGAUGAGGAAGUGCUGAAGGAGCCCCUCCACGAAAUGAAUAGUCUGAUUCAUCCGACUCCAGUCAGUUUUAUCCCUGUAAAGUCCCAAAUGUAGCCCCACCGCAACAAUAAAUAGACAAUUAAAUCUUCGUUA